AUGCCGGACGUCAGGUCGGAUUCGGGGCUGGGCCUACGUUUUCUCGACUUGAACGACAAUGAGGACGACAACAGCCCUUGCAAAGGCCUGAGGCGUCUUCGAAGCCACGGCCAUGCUACCAAUCUACCACCACCCUCUACGCCUCAGGUCGGCACGCCUCAGGCUUCCUCUCCCUAUGUCUCAUCACCGUCUCUCCCCUCGCCGGUGAGCUUCCGUGGAUUCUCACCUUUGUCACCGCCUCGCAAACAAUUUUCCACUCCCGCCCAACAUUUUUCCACGCCUGUGGCUAAGAGCCCCUUGGCGCGCUCGUGGACUGAGGAUGAUCUCACGGCAUCGGUCCAUUCAGAUGAGAAUGCGACUCAGACCACCCGAGACACACUUGCUCUAGUUCAGCGGCUCAACGAAUUGGCGGAAAAGCUUUUGUCAGGCGAAGACGUCCCCGACACCAACGUUAGCGUCAUGCACGUGAAGCUUGACGAAAUAGAGUCCGUCAUGACCGGAGAGGUUCAUAUGUCUCAAGAAACUCCCCAGGGCAAGCCUAAGACGUGGCCAACGGAAGUACAGGCCGAACAAGACCAUGAAUCUUUAUGGACCUCACCGUCGCCUUCUUGGUUCCGCUCUGGGUUGUCGGAUAUAUCACCCUCAUGGCGGAGCUCAUUCAGAAGAGAUACGCCUACUCCCGAACCUACUGUCGAAAAGAAACCAGCCGUCGACACUUUCCGCAUCGCAUCUGAGGCGGCAAAGCUGAAUACCGAAUUGGAAACCCUGGUAACGAAUCUUAAGGCUCGACAAGAGGAGUCAGAGCAUAUCCAUCAACUUCUUGUCACACGCGCCGAACGUGCAGCGCAACGAAUUAUCUUCCUCCAGUCCAGAGUCCAGAAUUUGGAAGAGGAGCUUCAAGAGAACGACUCCGAGCUUACCUACCUCCGGCUAGGCCUCAAGGCCAUAGAAGUGCAGUGCCCUGGCGAUGUUGACCCAGACCUCGCUGAGAGCAUUCAGAACUGGAAAGCUGACUGGACUGCUCUCAAACGUAAACGCGCCAAGCACAAAAGUUUCGACCGCUCUGCUUACAGCACCCCCGUGGGCACGCCAAUACGACCGGCGCGAUGA